AUGGCAGACCUUUCGGAGGACGAUCAUGCCGUGAUUUUAAGGUAUCCUUUGAAUGACUCACUUGACCGAUUAGAAAAGCUUCUUCCAGACGCAGAGCAUCACUACAAUGAUGGCACGACGGAAAGCCGCGAAGCCUGCCACGAUGCAACAUCGAAACUCCUCACCACCUUGAUGGGUGAAAAGUCGGCUUUCCACCUACGUUCACCAGCAGGCAAUAAAAAUGUGGCAUCCGAGCUAUCAAGAUUAUUCACCUGCCUUCAAGAUGGCGACUUCAGCUAUGAACACUAUCGGACACUAGUACGACUUGUCAUCCAAAAGGCGACCGAUGUUGACAUCUGGAAAGCCGUCCUCGACCUCAUCGCCACCGUCUCGCGAGCGACCCCUCCGGCGAGCAUACCUCCCACCUCCUUAGGCACGCCGAUCAAAUCCACAUCGUCGUCACAGAAAGGUUCCGAGCAGACGCGUGAGUUGGUGAAUCCGAGGAUCUUCGAGGAGAUACGUGGCUGCACAUUUCGAGGCGUCGAGGGCUUCUUUGCGAAGUACUUUGAGGGAGAAGACUGGAGCGACAAAGCAGAUGCCAUCUGUCGACGCGUACUGGGCCCAGACAGCGACGGUAAUUGGGCCCAGUUUCCUGAUCCUCCUACACAGGACGAUGUCCUUGCCUGGUGGUUUCGUCUUCAAGAAGACCUUCUCUCGGAAUCACGCGGCACCUACUACUCCACGGCGAGCAAAGCGGAUCUUACCGGUUCGAAGGCGGAACGGCAAGUCGACCUUCUUUUGAGAGCUAGGGGUGGGAGCCCCUCGCAAAACAAACAUGACUGGAGGGACAUCCUGGUAGUUGGCGAGCUCAAAAAAUCCAAGGAGGAGAUCAGGACCAAAGGCACCCUGCUGCAGAUGAGCCGCUACGUGCGCGAGGUCUUUGCCGCCCAGCCCACCCGGCGGUUCGUCCACGCGUUCGCCGUCUGCGGGACCAAGAUGGAGGCGUGGGUGUUUGACCGCUCGGGCCUCUACAGCUCGGGCAUCAUCGAUGUCUACGCGGACUCGAGACGGUUCUUUCAGGUGCUUGUGGGCUACACCAUGAUGAGCGACGAGGAGCUGGGACUGGACACCUUUAUUGCUAGGGAUGAAGGCGGCAACAAAUCAAUAACCGUCAAAGGGCCUGGGACCUCGGAGGAAAAGGUGCUGCGGCUGGGUGAAAUGCUUUCCUUUCAACGUGCCAUCGUGUGUCGCGGGACAACAUGUUUUCUCGCAAACGAUGGACAAGUGGAGGGCGUAGCCAAAUUCUCGUGGGUGUCGGACAAGCGGCGGCCGGAGGCGGAACUCCUCGAGCUAGCGGGUCAAAAAAAUGUCCAAGGGGUCGCCAGGAUCAUUGGCCAUAGUGUCAUCACUAGUAUCGCCGACGUACGCUGCGGCCUGACCUUCGACGACAAGCGACACGACUUCAAAAGCGCACCCCCCAGUGCGGCCUCCUCAUUUCAUCAAUCUCAACCGCUCACCGAGCUCCGUAGCUUAGGUCGAAAGUCGUCUUCCAGGAAACGCAGAUCUCCGGAUAAAGGGAUACAGGCAUCCAAACGAUCGCGCUCCAUCAAUCAACCGUCGAGGGACACCCAGCAGGAGAAUGAACUAGCUUUCUCCGUUCAGUCGGCGCACAAGCCAAGCCUCUUCGACAGGAAUGGCGAGGAACCCUACGACAACCGCGUCCUCCGCUGUCUGGUGAUCUCGCCCGCUGGGCGGCCGAUCUACAAGUACGAGUCACCCUUAGAACUGCUCACGGCGCUUCGCGAUGCAAUAAAGGCGCAUCGGUCUCUUUACCUGAAUGGGAGCAUCCUACAUCGGGAUAUUUCGGAGAACAACAUAAUAAUCACCGAUCCGGAAAAGGCGGAUGGUCACUCCGGCAUGCUAAUCGAUCUGGAUCUUGCCAAAGAAGUCGGUAGCGGGCGAAGCGGCGCACGGCACCAGACCGGCACGAUGGAGUUCAUGGCGAUCGAGGUGCUACUUAAUAUCGACCAUACCUAUCGGCAUGAUCUUGAGUCGUUUUUCUACGUGCUUAUCUGGCAAUGCGCCCGUCACGGCUGGGAAAAAUUAAAUGCGCUACAGAGACAGGGACUGGACCGGCCCAAAGACAGCAUAUUAAGAGAAUGGUAUACCGGAACUUAUAAGAAAAUCGCAAUUUAUAAACGAGGCAACAUGGAAGCUGGCGGGUUUGAGUACCUUUUGCAGGAGUUUCCGCCGGACUCCGAGUGCGUUAAAAAUCUUUGUAGGACCAUACGAGGUGUACUGUUUCCUUACGGGAAGGAAGGACUUAUUGUUGGGACGCCGCAAGUCCCACAGAGGUUAUAUGAUCCUAUUAUUAAGGCGUAUGACGAUACAAUAGCUCUGAUUGAAACCGAAUAG